AUGGAGAGAGUUCUUUUUUUCUUCUUCAUCUCAUCUAUUGAAUCAAGGAGCUGCUGCUUGCUGCUGCACACACACAGAGGGAGAGAGAGACACACACACACAUACAGAGAGAGAGAGAGACUGGAGUCCCAAAAGCCCCGGGAGUCAGAGACAGCUCUGCGCUGAGACAGAAUGGUACAGCGCGUCGAGACAGAGCAGCAGCCAGCACCUCCACACCAGCAGCACCACUGAGAGCACGAAAAGCUCCAGCCCUCCUUUGCUUUGCUUUCACAGAGGAAGACAAGAGGGGGAAGGGGGGGAGGCUGGUUUCUUUAAGCUGCAAAAGGAGCAGUAGAAAGUUAAAGCCGGAGGAACGAAGGGGGGAAGGCAAAUCACUCACUCCACUCGCAGACGCACUGGAUGUGGGAAGCGGUAGCGCCAGAAAGCUCCGGAUCAUCGCGAAAUGUUGCAAUGGAAGGCGCAGGGUCUGACUCGCCCGGAGCAGCAAGAGGAGCAGCAGCAAACGCGGUAUGAAGAGGUGGUCUGUCAGCAGCAGCCUGCGGAAAGAAGCGCCAGCAGCCCAGCAACCCUCCCGUCCCCCUGGAUCGCCCCAAAGCAGCAGCGCGCUGCGGGGAAUCACAGAGGACCCAGCCCGUGGGUCGCCAAAACAACAGCAGCAGCAGAGGCAACAGCCCCGUCCCGGCGGCGGCAACAUGGCCUCGGCUGUUAACGUUUCGGAGCCGGAGAGCAGCAGCGGUGCUGGUGGCGGUGGCUGCUGCAGAGACCUCGAUCGGCCGGGGAGAAGCUGUAGCAGAAGGCGGAGAAGGACCGGAGGGAACAGACGCGCCGCGGCACCGGAUCUGGAGUAUCUGCAGCGGCCAAGCUACUGCGAUGCAGCUUUUGCCUUGGAGCAGAUUUCAAAGGGGAAGGCUACUGGAAGAAAAGCACCGUUGUGGCUAAGAGCGAAGUUUCAGAGACUAUUAUUUAAACUGGGCUGUUACAUUCAAAAAAACUGCGGAAAGUUUUUGGUUGUUGGCCUCCUGAUAUUUGGGGCUUUCGCUGUAGGAUUAAGGGCAGCUAAUCUCGAAACCAACGUGGAGGAGCUCUGGGUAGAAGUUGGUGGACGAGUGAGUCGGGAGUUAAAUUACACGCGCCAGAAGAUUGGAGAAGAGGCCAUGUUUAAUCCCCAGCUCAUGAUUCAAACACCACAAGAAGAUGGUGCUAAUGUACUAACAACAGAAGCACUCAGACAGCACCUUGACUCUGCACUUCAAGCCAGCAGGGUACACAUUUAUAUGUACAACAGACAAUGGAAAUUGGAACAUUUAUGUUUUAAAUCAGGAGAACUUAUCACAGAAGCAGGGUACAUGGACCAGAUUAUAGAAUAUCUUUAUCCUUGUUUAAUCAUCACGCCUUUGGACUGCUUCUGGGAGGGGGCAAAGUUACAGGCAGGGACUGCCUAUCUAUUAGGGAAACCUCCUUUGCAGUGGAUAAACUUUGACCCCUUAGAAUUCUUGGAAGAGUUAAAAAAAAUAAACUAUCAAGUAGAGAGUUGGGAGGAGAUGCUGAAUAAAGCAGAGGUUGGUCAUGGUUAUAUGGAUCGACCUUGCCUGAAUCCUACUGAUCCCGAUUGUCCAGUCACAGCCCCCAACAAAAAUUCAACCAAACCUCUUGAUGUGGCCCUUGUUUUGAGUGGUGGAUGCUACGGACUGUCAAAAAAGUACAUGCACUGGCAGGAGGAGUUGAUUGUAGGUGGAACAGUCAAGAAUGGUACUGGAAAACUUGUCAGUGCUCAGGCUUUACAGACCAUGUUUCAGUUAAUGACUCCUAAGCAAAUGUAUGAACACUUCAAGGGGUAUGAGUAUGUUUCACACAUCAACUGGAAUGAAGACAAGGCAGCCGCAAUUCUGGAAGCCUGGCAGAGGAUGUAUGUUGAGGUUGUUCAUCAAAGUGUUGCACAAAACUCUACUCAGAAGGUGCUUUCCUUUACUACAACUACUCUGGAUGACAUCCUAAAAUCAUUUUCUGAUGUCAGUGUUAUCAGAGUUGCUAGCGGCUACUUAUUAAUGCUUGCCUAUGCCUGUUUAACCAUGCUGCGGUGGGACUGUGCCAAGUCCCAGGGUGCCGUGGGGCUGGCAGGAGUCUUGUUGGUUGCACUCUCAGUGGCUGCAGGAUUGGGCCUGUGCUCAUUGAUUGGAAUUUCCUUUAAUGCUGCCACAACUCAGGUUUUGCCUUUUCUUGCUCUUGGAGUUGGAGUAGAUGACGUUUUCCUUUUGGCACAUGCAUUUAGUGAAACGGGGCAGAAUAAGAGAAUUCCAUUUGAGGAUAGAACAGGUGAAUGUUUGAAGCGAACAGGAGCAAGCGUCGCCCUUACAUCUAUCAGCAAUGUUACUGCCUUCUUUAUGGCUGCCUUAAUUCCUAUUCCUGCUUUACGGGCAUUUUCACUCCAGGCUGCUGUUGUUGUGGUAUUCAACUUUGCCAUGGUUCUGCUAAUUUUUCCUGCUAUUCUAAGCAUGGACCUUUACCGUCGGGAGGACAGGAGAUUGGAUAUAUUCUGCUGCUUUACAAGUCCAUGUACUAGCAGAGUGAUUCAGAUUGAGCCUCAAGCAUAUGCAGAUAAUGAUAACACUCGCUACAGCCCUCCACCACCCUACAGCAGUCACAGUUUUGCACAUGAAACUCAGAUUACAAUGCAAUCUACAGUGCAGCUGCGCACAGAAUAUGACCCUCAUACCCAGGUGUACUACACCACAGCAGAGCCCCGCUCAGAAAUAUCUGUGCAGCCAGUCACAGUGACACAGGAUAACCUCAGCUGCCAGAGCCCAGAAAGCACAAGCUCGACAAGGGAUUUGCUUUCCCAGUUUUCAGACUCGAACAUGCAUUGUCUUGAGCCACCCUGUACUAAAUGGACGCUCUCAUCUUUUGCCGAAAAGCAUUACGCUCCAUUCCUGCUAAAACCAAAAGCCAAGGUUGUGGUUAUUUUCCUUUUCCUGGGUUUACUUGGGGUCAGUCUUUACGGUACUACCCGGGUGAGAGAUGGACUGGAUCUCACAGACAUUGUACCACGGGAAACCCGAGAAUAUGACUUUAUUGCUGCACAAUUCAAGUACUUCUCCUUCUACAACAUGUAUAUAGUGACACAGAACGCAGACUACCCCAACAUCCAGCACUUACUUUAUGACCUUCACAAAAGUUUCAGCAAUGUUACAUAUGUUUUGUUGGAGGAAAAUAAGCAGCUUCCCAAAAUGUGGUUGCACUACUUUCGAGACUGGCUGCAAGGUCUUCAAGAUGCAUUUGACAGCGACUGGGAAACUGGGAAAAUCACAUACAACAGUUAUAAAAAUGGAUCUGAUGAUGCUGUUCUGGCCUACAAACUUCUGGUGCAAACAGGCAACCGCGACAAGCCCAUCGACAUCAGUCAGUUGACUAAACAGCGUCUGGUGGAUGCAGAUGGAAUCAUUAACCCAAAUGCUUUCUACAUCUACCUGACAGCCUGGGUUAGCAAUGACCCCGUGGCCUACGCUGCCUCUCAAGCCAACAUCCGGCCUCACCGUCCAGAAUGGGUCCAUGACAAAGCAGACUAUAUGCCAGAAACAAGGCUGAGAAUUCCAGCAGCUGAGCCCAUUGAAUAUGCUCAGUUUCCUUUCUACCUCAAUGGAUUGCGUGAAACUGCUGACUUUGUGGAAGCUAUUGAGAAAGUGAGAGCUAUCUGUAACAACUACACCAGCCUUGGGGUCCCCAGCUACCCAAAUGGAUACCCAUUUCUUUUUUGGGAACAGUACAUUGGGCUUCGUCACUGGCUCCUCUUGUCUAUUAGCGUGGUUCUGGCUUGCACAUUUCUGGUGUGUGCCCUCUUUCUCCUGAACCCCUGGACGGCUGGGAUCAUUGUGGUGGUGCUGGCUCUGAUGACCGUGGAGCUGUUUGGCAUGAUGGGUCUAAUUGGAAUAAAGCUGAGUGCAGUGCCUGUGGUCAUCCUGAUUGCUUCUGUUGGCAUAGGAGUGGAAUUCACUGUUCAUGUUGCUUUGGCAUUUUUAACCGCCAUAGGAGACAAGAACCGCAGGGCUGUCCUUGCAUUGGAGCACAUGUUUGCACCAGUAUUGGAUGGAGCUGUGUCUACUCUGCUUGGAGUGUUAAUGCUUGCAGGGUCCGAGUUUGAUUUUAUUGUCAGGUAUUUCUUUGCUGUUUUGGCAAUUUUAACCAUUCUGGGAGUUUUAAAUGGAUUGGUGCUGCUUCCAGUUCUUCUUUCAUUCUUUGGACCAUAUCCUGAGGUUUCUCCAGCUAACGGACGGAACAGAUUGCCUACUCCAUCUCCUGAGCCUGCCCCUAGCAUCGUGAGGUUUGCACUGCCACCUGGACACACAAAUAAUGGAUCAGAUUCAUCUGAUUCCGAGUACAGUUCUCAGACUACAGUGUCAGGAAUCAGUGAGGAACUCCAUCAGUACGAGGCCACUCAGAGCUCUGGUGCACCAGUCCACCAAGUAAUAGUGGAAGCAACUGAGAAUCCUGUCUUUGCCAGAUCGACUGUCGUUCAGCCAGAGACAAGAUGUCAUCAGCCAAGUCCAAAAUUACAGUCUAACCCAGAAGCCGGGUCCCAGCAGACAUGGCAUCAUAACAGACAACCUAGACGAGAACUGAGGGAAGGACUACGACCACCCCCUUACAGGCCGCGCAGGGACGCUUUUGAAAUUUCUACUGAAGGGCAUUCUGGACCUAGCAAUAGGGACCGCUCGGGCCAUAGGGCUCGCUCUCAUAACAUUAGAAGCCCAGCAUUCACUGCCAUGGGUACUUCAGUGCCAGCAUACUGCCAGCCUAUCACUACUGUGACUGCCUCCGCUUCAGUUACUGUUGCUGUACACCCUGCUGUGCACAGCCAUAACUCUCAUGGAGGAGGCUUUCCAUCUUACGAAGGAUACCAUGAAACUGACCAUGGAACAUUUGAGGACCCCCAUGUGCCUUUUAAUGUACGGUGUGAGAGGAGAAACUCUAAAGUAGAAGUAAUAGAACUGCAAGAUGUUGAAUGUGAAGAAAGGACAAAUGGCAACAGCUCAGAUUAAGGGUAACAACUGAAGCAAAGAAGAGGCCAAAGAUGGGGAAACCUCCUCUUUCCAGAACUGCUUGAAGAGAACUGCUUGAAGUUAUGGAAAAGGACAUGCUGCAUCAGGAUAACAGUUCACUGUUACUGUAACCUAUUGUAUUAUGUUGUUAAAUAUUUCUAUAAAUAUUUAAAAGGUGUACACAUAUGUAAUAUACAAAGGAACAAUGUAAAGUAGUAUAAUCUGGAGUUAACUCUUGUUAAUAGAGUGGGACAAUAUUGUUUGUGUUCUGUACUUAUUGUACAUUGAUCUCUGUGCCACAACUAAGCUUAAUCUAGUCCUAAAUUUCAGCAUAUGUUGCUGCUGCUUAAAUAUUGUAUAAUUUACUUGUAUAAUUCUAUGCAAAUAUUGCUUAUGUAAUAGGAUUUUUUGUAAAGGUAUGUGUUUAAAAUAUUUUAAAAUUUGCAUUUCACAACCCUGUGGUAGUAUGAAAUGUUACUGUUAACUUUCAAACACGCUAUGCGUGAUAAUUUUUUUUUUAAAUAAGCAGAUAUGAAGAAAAGCACGUUAAUCUUGGUGGUUUAAGUAGGUUUAGCUAUGUGCAGGUUUUGUUUUGCUGUGUGCAUGUGUGUGUAUGUAUGUUCCCAGUGUACUGUAGUGUAAUUUUUUUUACUGUAUGGUAACCCUUAGUGGGCUCAUUAACUCACUGAUGCUGGCAGAGUCAGGAUUUUCCUAUUGCUAAGUGCCAGUGAAAAAUGCCUUGGCACUUAACAACAGAAUCUCCAGACUGCUAUUGUCAAAGGGAUGAUUAAAAUAGAAGAGAGGACAGGUGGUCAGGGCAUAUGGAUUCUAUUACUAAAUCUUCCACUGACUUGCUGUGUGUGACUUUGGGCAAGUCACUUAACUUCCCCAUGCCUCAGUUUCCACAUCUGUAAA